GGCUUCCUCCUCUGGUGGUGCGUCCAAGCUGUGCUGGGAGGAUUGGUGGCUGCCAAGGUACUUUUGCUGAGGUUACUGUCGAGCAUCCAGUCUCCAGCCCCGGGUCCUGCCAACAGUCUCAAGAAGGAGUCGGGACUCAGUUUUUUAUUCCCCUGGAUGCCGUCCAGACCACCUUCUUCAGAGUUCAUCUCUGUUGCUUCAUCAACUGCUUGGAAAUAACUUCUCAAACAUCAGAGUCAAGGAUACAGGUCGGUACAGUUAUGCAGAGAAUAAGAGUUACUGCUGCAGUCUCGCGGGGAUUGAACAGAAUUCAGAAUAUGUCUUCCAAGAAACACUAUUAACCUGACAUGACCCUUCAAGGUUUUAAAUGAAUAAUUUAAGGCCAGCACAUGAUCUGGAAAUUGCACUUUGUGACAUGGAUGAAUCUUCACUGACUCUUGGCACCAUAGAUGUUUCUUAUCUGCCAAAUUCAUCUGAAUACAGUGUUGGUCGAUGUAAGCACAGCAGUGAAGAAUGGGGUGAGUGUGGUUUCCACCCCACUGUCUUCAGAUCUGCAACCUUAAAAUGGAAAGAAAGCCUAAUGAGCCGAAAAAGACCAUUUGUGGGAAGAUGUUGUUAUUCCUGCACUCCUCAGAGCUGGGAUAAAUUUUUCAACCCCAGUAUCCCAUCUUUGGGUUUGCGGAAUGUUAUUUAUAUCAAUGAAACUCACACAAGGCACCGAGGCUGGCUCGCAAGGCGUCUUUCCUAUGUGCUUUUUGUUCAGGAGCGAGACGUUCACAAAGGCAUGUUUGCCACCAACGUGGCUGAAAAUGUGCUCAGCAGCAGUAGAGUGCAAGAGGCAAUCGCUGAAGUAGCUGCGGAGUUAAAUCCUGAUGGGUCCGCCCAGCAGCAGUCAAAAGCCGUCAGCAAAGUGAGCAAGAAAGCCAAAAGGAUCCUUCAGGAAAUGGUCGCCACCGUCUCACCGGCAAUGAUCAGACUGACCGGUUGGGUGCUGCUAAAACUCUUCAACAGCUUCUUUUGGAACAUUCAGAUUCAUAAAGGCCAGUUGGAGAUGGUGAAGGCUGCAGCUGAGACAAAUUUGCCGCUUAUAUUUCUACCAGUUCAUAGAUCACAUAUUGACUAUCUGCUGCUCACUUUCGUUCUCUUCUGCCAUAACAUCAAAGCGCCUUAUAUUGCUUCAGGCAAUAACCUCAACAUCCCCAUCUUCAGUACGUUGAUCCGCAAGCUUGGGGGCUUUUUCAUACGACGGAGGCUAGAUGAAACGCCAGAUGGACGGAAAGAUAUUCUCUACAGAGCUUUGCUCCAUGGGCAUGUAGUUGAACUACUUCGACAGCAGCAGUUCUUGGAGAUUUUCCUGGAGGGGACACGCUCUCGGAGUGGAAAAACGUCCUGUGCUCGAGCAGGCCUUUUGUCAGUAGUGGUGGAUACUCUGUCGACCAACACCAUCCCGGACAUCUUGGUGAUACCUGUUGGGAUCGCCUAUGAUCGUAUUAUUGAAGGUCACUACAAUGGCGAACAGCUGGGAAAACCUAAGAAGAACGAGAGUCUUUGGAGCGUGGCCAGAGGUGUUAUCCGGAUGCUGCGGAAGAACUACGGGUGUGUCCGAGUGGACUUCGCGCAGCCGUUUUCCCUGAAGGAAUAUCUGGAAAGCCAGCGUCAGAAACCAGUGACUGCGCCCGUCUCCCUGGAGCAAGCACUGCUGCCCGCCAUCCUUCCCUCCAGGCCCAACGAUGCUGCUGAAGAAGGCGCAGAUGCAUCAGCCGUCAACGAGUCGAGAAAUGCAGCCGAUGAGUCAUUCCGAAGGAGACUGAUCGCCAAUCUGGCCGAGCACAUCCUCUUCACUGCUAGCAAAUCCUGUGCCAUCAUGUCAACACACAUCGUGGCCUGCCUGCUCCUCUACAGACACAGGCAGGGCAUUGAUCUCUCCACACUGGUGGAGGACUUCUUUGUGAUGAAGGAAGAAGUCCUGGCUCGUGAUUUCGACCUGGGGUUCUCUGGAAAUUCAGAAGAUGUGGUCAUGCACGCCAUCCAGCUGCUGGGGAAUUGCGUCACCAUCACCCACACCAGCAGGAACGAUGAGUUUUUCAUUACUCCCAGCACUACGGUCCCAUCAGUCUUUGAACUCAACUUCUACAGCAAUGGCGUCCUCCACGUCUUCAUCAUGGAGGCCAUCAUAGCCUGCAGCCUUUACGCAGUUCUGAACAAGAGGGGCUCAGGGGGACCUUCAGGCGCAUCCCCCCACCUGGUCAGCCAGGAGCAGCUGGUGCGGAAAGCCGCCAGCCUCUGCUACCUGCUCUCCAACGAAGGCACCAUAUCACUCCCCUGCCAGACGUUUUACCAAGUUUGCCAUGAAACCGUAGGAAGGUUUAUCCAGUAUGGCAUUCUCACCGUGGCAGAGAGGAUGUGGCCCGGGACGGUAGAUCUCUAUUUAGGAGAGCAAGACGACCAGGAGGACAUGAGCCCCGGCCUCGCCGAGCAGCACUGGGGGAAGAAGCUUCCUGCACCGCCGUCUUGGCGGAGCGACGAGGAAGACGAGGACAGCGACUUCGGCGAGGAGCAGCGCGACUGCUACCUGAAGGUGAGCCAGUCCAAGGAGCACCAGCAGUUCAUCGGCUUCCUGCAGCGGCUCCUGGGCCCCCUGCUGGAGGCCUACAGCUCCGCGGCCAUCUUCAUCCACAGCUUCAGCGGCCCCGUGGCCGAGCCCGAGUACCUGCAGAAGCUCCACCAGUACCUCCUCACCAGGACCGAGAGGAGCAUCGCUGUGUAUGCUGAGAGUGCCACCUAUUGCCUCGUGAAGAAUGCCGUGAAAAUGUUCAAGGACAUCGGGGUUUUCAAAGAGACCAAACAAAAGCGAGUGUCUGUUCUAGAACUCAGCAGCACUUUCCUACCUCAGUGCAACCGGCAGAAACUCCUGGAGUACAUCCUCAGCUUCGUGGUGCUGUAGGCCACGCUGGCCCCCGCUCUCCCCGCCUGCCACGUUCCCGGCUGCCGGGGACGGGACACGCCCCUCACGGCCCUGGCCUCAAGCCGGAGAGUGGACGGUGUGGCGUGUGGUCCGGCCCGCCCCGCUCUGGGGGGACCUCCUGGGAGACAAGUGCCUUCGCCCAGCCCCCGUCCGUGCAUCUGUGCACACCCCCACGCUGAGGUGACAAAGAACCCCCGCAAGCGACACUGGGGGGGUUGGGGGGGCGGGGCGCAGCCUCCGAAUGCGAUCAGAAUCAGUAGAGUACAAAAAUGAAAUCUGAAAACAGUUAUUUUGGAGCUUAUUAAAAAUUUAUGUUUUAAGUACGACUUAACUGUUAAGGACUAAUUACUGUGAUGGAUUUUCUUUUUCUUUCUUUCUUUCUUUUUUUUUUUUUGAAUGUAGUUGUGUUCUAGAACUGAAUCUUAUGGAGACUUGUGCUGUCAGGAGAUUUGUUGGUUUAUUUUCUGAUGGUCCGUGCUUCCUCUGAAAAUAACUGAGUCGUCCCUUCACUAUUUCUUUGCAGUUUUACCUUUGUCAAUCGGUUUUAAAUGGAGACCCUGAUCCGACCCUCCCCGCGCCCCCCCACCCCCCAAUCCAAGUGCUUUACAAAAAAUGUCUGGGCUGAUGUGCAUCACAGCCAGGGAAUCACUGUGCUGCCCCCUGCUGGCAGGCUCUGGAAGUGUCUGGCCCCCGUCAGGGAAAGAUCCUGUGAGGAGUUAAGGUCCCGAGCUACAGCGGGCAGUCAGCUUGGCUGGCCACAGUCAGGGGAAACCUGGCCAGAAAGCUGAACUCAGAAACUCUCACCCAUAUCCAAAAAAGUGCCAUUGUAUUAAACGACCAGCAAGUAUUUGAGACUGACUCCCGCGUCACCUCUGUUCCGCUUCCAGCCCCUCCCCUCUCAGCCUGCUGUGCGGACAGCGGGGUGCUGGGGGUGCUGACUUGCUUGAUUGCUCGGGUGUGGCCGGGGUUGGCCCCGAGGAUGGUAUGUGGGUGCGGGCAGGGCCCCCACUCCCUUGACAGUGAGCAGCCUGUCCGGUGUGCUGACAGGCCAGCCGGCUGGUCAGUGGAUGGCAUUUGUUGAUUUUUAGCAUCAAGAAAAAAAAACUAAAAUCACGGUUUUUACUAGUUUUUAAUGGGCUUCUUCCUAAACCCCCAGGCCAAACAGCGGCAAGCGAUUUGACAAUUAUGUGGCAAACUAUUAUGAAAAAAAUCAUCUGAUCCUGACGGGCAGGUGCCUUUCCGUGAGCUGGGGCCAUAUUUGUUAGUUUGUGGUAGAAGUUGUGAUGGAUUCUCCGUAAUCGUGUGGUACCGGGCCAUUUUCCGAACAGUGUAUGUUUCCUUCUCUCCUCGGUAUUACGGACCCGGGCAUCUUUUCCAGAUGAGCGAUGCGUCGUCUUUUGAGUUGACCCUAAGAGGCCUGAGAAUUCGGUUUGUGCUUGGAGGUGUUUGGAUUUUGAGCACUACCAGUGGUUUGUAACAGUCCCGCAGGGUUUGGGAAAGGAGAACGCCGGGACUGGGCCCGCAGGUCAGUGCUCCCGCCAAGCUCAGGGCAGUAAUGCUGGGUGGUGCCACCCUGGAGGUGUCGCUCUGUGCUGCCCUGUGCAUCCGCCCCCCAACCCCCCACUGGAGCCAUCACGAGUGUGGCGGUAGCUGGGUGGAAGGGACUCCUGGCGGCCGAGCACUUGACUUACAACUCAAGUUCUUCCUUGGGGAGAAUCCCCCCAGGGGGGCUUUAUCUGUGGCUGUUUCUUACAGGGCAAGCAAACAUUUUGCCAGUCCCUUUCACUCACCCUAUAAAAUACAGAGCCAGGGCGACCCAAACGCUCAGCUAACUGGUGAUGAGUUAGUUAGGUGGAGGCUGCCCUUGCAGGAGAGCCCACCACCUGGCCCGCGGCCUCUGCCCAGAGCCUCACCGGCCAUCCUGGGCUUUGUUUUCCCUUUCAGUUGGUUUGUUUUCUCAAAACCUUAACCGCUUCCAGGAAUGCUGCAUCUGAUUUGCUAGCACUCUCUCGCCACGUAACUCACUGUGAGAAUAACUGCGCAUGCUUUUCCUAAUUAACUGGUGCUUUGAAACCUUUUCUUAAGGAAGAAAAAUCUCAACCAAAGUUAUGCUCAUCCAGACACGCUGACCCUUGAGUUAAUUUUUUAGCACAGCUCAUUCUUCAGUGCCUGAUUACUGAAACACAUAUGUCAUCACAAUUAGGCUUCCAGAAGCACUCUCUCGCUACAAGAUUUAUUCGUAUUGUUUUCCAAGAGUGAAUGGCUUCCAUGUAAGAUUAAACAAACUAGGUGCUUGUAAAUAAUUUAUUACAGUUUACUCUUUUGCAUUUCUCAGAAACUGAAAUGCAUGCUCUCCAGGGGGAGACUGAGUCAAGCUAAAACACAACCUGACAACAGCCAGGAAAAAAAAACAAAACAAAACAAACAACAAACUCAUAAUAAGCAAUAUGCAGCUGCACUCUUUCAAAAUGAGAAUGUUCUAAGUUAUUCGGAACAGGGGAAGGAAAUUUUGUUCUCUUAAAUCUUUAAGAAAAACAAAGGGAACUAAUUAGUGCGACGCGUGUAGAAGUAGUAAGAGAAAGCACGUUUGCUGGGUCCUUCUGAGGCCUGUUACCUCUCCUGAGAAGAGACUUCCUUAGCGGUGGCGUUAUGAGGACUGUAACCUCAGAUUGUGGAAUUUCCUGUUCCCUGAAGGGGAAAGCAUUUCCCAUAGUUCUCUGUGUCAUAGGUGUUUUAAAGGUGUUUCUGCUGGUCAAUGAAUUUGCUCUUUCCUAGAAACUCACAGUGCACUUCUCGCAAUAAGGGCUCUGGGUCUGGCCACGCACGGCUGUCUGACCCAGCACGUCCCAAGUUACUGUAGCCUAGGACCUCUCCCCCCAUUGGGGCUUGAACCUCUCUCUAGUACCCCAUGGAAGUACUAUAUUAGAUCGUUCCUUAUGGGGACAUAAGAAUAAUCAACCGAUGGCACUUGGGCAGAAUUUGUAUGCAUUUUGUACAAUUGGUACAGUUGUAUUAUCAUUUAAUGGAUAUCUGUUUCUUCCCCUUGAGACAAAAGCACAGAAAACUGUAAUAUGAGUGUUCUUUCCUUUGAUGGAAAGAUCAACUGACAUUGAUUUCUUUUUUUUCCAUUAAAAGCAAAUGUAACACAAAAAUGAAAUGGGAUGGAUAAUUCAGAUCUGGGAGGAAACACUGCAUAUUUGAAUGCAGAUUUUUAUCCAUAGAUAGUUCUAGUGUUUAAACAUGAUAGAAUCUAUCAUCAAGGUUUAUAAGAUUUAAUUUGGAUGUAAAUCUGUUUUUUUCCUAAACACUCUUAGGAAGUUGAGACUUGGCAUUUUAGUUUAAUACAAACUAAUGAUUGCAUUUGAAGGAGACUUUGACUUUAUUUCUAAAGAUCUAAAGCUCUGAAAUGCCUUGAUGGAAGGUGUUAAACUGUUUGCCUAUUGUACAAAGAAAUGUUAGAUCAUUGUAAAAAGAAUUGCUAUGAAGUACUGUAAAAUAACACACGUGACUUUGUGAGAGAGACUUAUUUGAAAAUGUUGAUUGAUUUUUAUGCCUGUGGAUGUAUUGUAAGAAGCACAGAAAUGUAGUUUUGUUUUAAUAAAUAAAAAUAUUGAACAUC